AUGGCAUCCCUAUUUUCAGAACAAUACAGAGAUGGAGCACAAAAGUUCGUAGAACUAGCUUGUAAAACUCUAAAUUCAGAAAUGAUAAGAUGCCCUUGUAUCAAAUGUAGGAAUCUAAAGCAUCACAACUAUGAAAUAGUAUAUGAACAUUUGAUUAUUACUUGUAUGGAUCCUACGUACACUGAUUGGGUAUUUCAUGGAGAAAAACCAAAUUCUGAAAAUCCUCAUGAUGGAACAGAGGAAUACAUUCAACGUUUAGUUAGCGAUAUGGAAACUCCUUUGUAUCCUAGUUGUAUGGCGUUUACGAAGAUGUCAGUUUCAGUUGCUAUAUUUAAGCAUAAAGCUGCACAUGAUUUAUCAGAUAAUGGUUUCAAUGAACUCAUACAUCUUGUGCGGUACAUGUUACCACAGAAUAAUACACUUCCUAACUCAUUUUAUUUGAUGAAAAAACUUGUCAAUACAUUUAAUCUUGGCUAUGAGAAGAUAUAUGCUUGCUUGAAUGAUUGUUGUCUACAUAGGAAGGAGCUUGAACAUGUUGAAUUAUGUCCAAAAUGUGGUUGCUCAAGAUGGAAAGUUAACCAACAAACUAAGAAAGUUCAAAAAAAAAUUCCAGCAAAAGUCUUGCGUUAUUUCCGUAUCAUACCAAGACUUAAGAGGAUGUUUGGAAUAGAAGAGAUGGCAAAAAAACUUAGAUGGCACUCAAAUAAUAAGAGUUCAGAUGGUAAAAUGAGGCAUCCGAUUGAUUCACUGGGAUGGAAAAUGAUAAACAGAAGGUGGCCACAUUUUGCGUUAGAUCCUCGAAAUAUUAGAUUGGGUCUUACCACCGAUGGAUUCAAUCCUUUCAAAGAUCUUAACUCUAAAUAUAGUUGUUGA